UGAAAACACUUUCCCCAAUUUUGCAUAUAUCAAAAUUCCUAGGGUUUACAAUUUCUAAUUUGUAGCUUUCAGCGUUGAACUUUCCGCCCCUUUUAUACUACCAACAAAUUUCUUGAAUUCUUCACAUGCACCCUGCUAUAGUUUCAAUAUAAAAUUCAAUAUGUAAGCUGGUAUAUUACUUGAACACAAUCUCUCUUUUAAUGAAUUUCAAUUUCAAGAGAAAGUCUUAGAGAGAGAAAGUAGAGAGAGACAGAGAGAGAAAGUAAUGGGCGAUGAAAAAUCUCCGAGUAGCAGAGAUCGAGAGCUGCUUAUACCUGUCGCCAAUACAGCUGACGAUGACGACGACGCGUCUUCAAAACCCUCACCUUCUUCCAAUUCGUCGUCUCAUCACGCCGGCCGUGAGACUUUCAUCAAAGUUGUCAGAAGUUGGGCUUCUAAAAAGUUCAUGACCGGAUGUGUGAUCCUAUUACCAAUAGCUAUAACUUUCUACAUAACAUGGUGGUUUAUACAUUUUGUGGAUGGAUUUUUCUCUCCAAUUUAUGUGCAACUCGGCAUAGAUAUAUUUGGUGUUGGAUUUAUAACAUCCAUCAUGUUCAUAUUUUUGGUUGGAGUGUUCAUGUCAUCAUGGUUGGGUGCAUCUGUUUUAAGCCUUGGAGAAUGGUUCAUCAAACGAAUGCCUUUUGUUCGUCAUAUCUACAAUGCAUCCAAACAAAUUAGUGCUGCAAUUUCUCCAGAUCAAAACACACAAGCAUUUAAAGAAGUGGCAAUCAUUAGGCAUCCCCGUAUUGGUGAAUAUGCAUUUGGUUUCAUUACUUCAUCUGUCACUCUCCAGAAUUAUUCAGGGGAAGAAGAGCUAUAUUCGGUAUAUGUUCCAACAAAUCAUCUUUACAUUGGUGAUAUCUUUUUGGUCAAUUCAAAGGAUGUUAUCAGACCCAACUUAUCUGUUCGUGAAGGAAUCGAAAUUGUGGUGUCUGGGGGCAUGUCAAUGCCACAAAUAUUAUCGACACUGGAUUCAAGUGUUAAUGUGGAGAGACCUAGAAACAACAGAGGCUAAACAUAAACAGACAUUGAUUCAUAUUAUGUGAUAGUGGUUAGGACUUAUAAUUCUUGUUGUUUGUUAUUAUAUACAUAUAUGUAGCUUCAAAUGGAGAACUAAAAAGCCAAAGAUUAUGUAGAUAAAAGCUAGA